AUGUCAGCAAUGAUUCCAUUAAAACAAAUAAAUUUUAAUAAGAAUUCAAUAUUUGCUAAGACUCUAAUACUAUCAAAAAAAUUUUCCAAUAGUUCUUUAUCAAUGUUUCAAAAACCUCAUCCUGAACAAAUAUUACGACCACCACAAAAUAAAUCCCAAACUCCAUCGACUAAUCCUGCUGAUAUUUUAAAAAAAAAUGAUAUUUUAAUGUAUUCUACAAAACCUAUAAAUUAUAUUGAAUCAGUUACGAAAAAUGGAUUUCAUUUAUCUAAUAAUUUACUCAUUGAAUCGAAAUUAAACACCAUCCCACAAAUAAAUCGUUCCACUAAUGGUAGUACUAGUAGUAUUGAUAAUGAUAAUGCCAUUGGAUUAAUGUUAUUACAUUCAGAAGCAUUUGAAAUAAAAUUAAAUUCUAAUACAAUAAAUAUAACUAAUGAUUGGUACGUUGAUUUUAUUAUGGAUGAUGAUAAUAGUAUUAUUAAAAUAUUUGAAUUAAUUCAUCCAAAACCAGAAAUUUUGAUUGUUGGAUUAGGUAAAAAAUCUCGAAUGUUAUCAAUUAAUAAUAAAAAUUUUUUUUCAAAUUUAGGUAUUCAAUUAGAAAUUACAAAUUCUAAUAAUGGAGCUAAAAUUUUUGAUUUAUUAGCAACUGAACGUCCUAAUGUAAUUGGUGCAUUAUUAUUACCACCAAAUAUAUAA